UUACCCUGGUCAACAAAGUCUUUUUGUGAAUGUCGACGAGGAAAACCACAAACAAAUUGGCCCAAACAAUAUUUUAAAUCACGAUGGAGAUGGACGAGGACAUUGACGCCGUCCUGCUGCGGCAAUUUAACUGCAUGGGGACGACUGACAAGGAAGUCCUGAUUAAAGAACUGCAGGGCUUAGUGGGUGCGCAUCUCAAUGAACAUUCGGCCAAAUUUUAUCUAGAAAUGACAGAUUGGAAUCUUCAGGCAGCUGUGUGUGCCUACUUCGACCUGCAGUCCUACAAUAAGCUUCCACAAAUGACUUUCGUUAAGGAUGUUACCAUAGGAGAGGGAGAGAGUGUUCCACCAAGCACGAGAUUCAUAAAAACAUGGCGCAUCCAAAACACCGGGGAGGAUGGGUGGCCAAUUGGCUGCAGCCUGAUCUUCACGGGGGGUGAACAGCUUGGGGCGCCUUCGCAUGUGUCGGUAGGUCCCCUGGGGGCUGGGGAGUGUGCAGAUGUCUCAGUGGAGAUGCUGUCCCCUGCCGAACCUGGGCUCUACUCUUCCAAGUGGAGGAUGAGCACGUCACAAGGAAAUUUUUUUGGAGAUACGAUAUGGGUCAUAGUACCAGUUGACUCAGGUGGCACUCUAGCCCUCAUGCAGCAAAUGGUGAACUUCAAGGCCCUGGGUUCCCCCCCCUCUGGCACUCACAUGGUCCCUGCAAACACGAUGUCCAACCCCUUUGCCCCACUUCAUCUUGGCCAGCAGCCAGACAAGCCACAGCAGUCUGAACAGGAUUUACAACAGCAACAGCAGCAAGAGCAGCAGCAGCAGCAGCAGGAUUUACAUCAACAUGUACAACAACAACAGCAUCUACAGCAACAGCAGGAGCAGCAACAGCAGGAGCAGCAACAGCAGGAGCAGCAACAGCAGCAACAGCAGCAACAGCAGCAACAGCAGCAACAGCAGUUAAAUGGAAAUUUUCCUAAUCGAAGCCAGUUGUUAACCAAUGACCUUGCAACUUGUCGGGUCCCCACCCCUAACUCCCACCUAGAUGGAGAUGGAGACAUUGCCAUGAGCUAGUUGUGUUGGGACGUGAUAACCUACAGUGAGUUAAGGCAAGCUUUGAAAUUCUUCUUCGUCUUUUUUAUUUAUAAAUAUAUAUUUUUUUUUCAUAAAGUGGGUCCAGUGUUAACCUGAGAACCUUGAGGUUGAAAAUAAUGAUUUAAAAAUUUUAUGGUAGCUCAAUGUCUUUCCCAGGACUAGAAGUGGAACUAGCAACCAUCUUUUCAAGUUAGGCCAGCUUUGUAACUUGAAUUAGUAAAAAAGAAGAAAAAAAAAAAAAAA